AUGGUUUUCGGAAAGUGGAAACAUGGACAGGAGGCCUGCAAUGCCUUCAGCAUGGGAUAUCUUCUCACAGAGCUCCCUUGCCCCAACGUGGGUGUUGUGCAGCCCUGCGAGAGCAACUCAUGGGCAAUAGGCGGCAGUACACAUGACUUGUGCGGGCGCAGCUUCUGGCAGGAGGACAUGGGCCUCAACUGCACUCAGCUUACUCAUUGUCAUGGACGCGAAGCGCAUCCGAUUUUCGUGGACACCCAGCGCCUUGCAACUUGCUCCUGCAACGUGCUACGAUGGAGCUGCGACUAUGACUACGAGGCCUGCGAUGUCAAUGACACCUACUAUCCUCCAGGCUCUGCAGAGCUUGCUCGACGUCUGCUGCAAGAUUGGUCGCCACGGCGGCCUCAUGACCAAGGAGAAUCCGGCCUUGCCACCAUAUCCUUUUGCGGACUCUGCGUGGUCUUGGGUCUGGGUCUCCUUAUCGCUGUCGCCGCACGGCGCCGGCGAGCGGAUCAGGCAGACUACCGCCGGCUUGCUUGA